AUGACUGCGGGCACCUUUCAGCACGCCUGCGUACUCUUUUUGGUGCCCCUCCAUCCACCUCCGCACAAUCGCUGCCCGGAUAUGCUUUGCCGGAGAUACAGAUGUCUGGAUGAUCUAAUGUGCUCGCAUCCAAAACCUUCCGAUGGUUCUAUAUUGGCAGUGAUACCUCAUGGCUUCUCUCAGAUUAGCUCCCUUCAUCUUGCAGCUCAAGAUGGGCUCACGACGGAUGAUGAGCUUGACGAGGUUGACGCCCAUGAGCACGUUGGCUGCCUCACAGAUAUUCUGGGCUCAGAGAGUGCGUUGAUCGAUGGGCUGACUCGGGAUGCCGCAGACGAUCUUGAGACGUAUAAUAGCGAUUGGAUGCGCAAGUACAAAGGCCAUACUCAAGUAGUUGUCAAGCCGAGCUCGACAGAACAAGUCAGCAAAAUCCUCAAAUAUUGUAACGACAAUAUGCUGGCUGUAGUUCCUCAAGGUGGCAACUCCGGUCUUGUUGGUGGCUCUGUACCUGUCUAUGAUGAAAUUGUGAUAAGUAUGUCCCGUAUGAAUCGGAUACGAUCCUUUGACGAGGUCUCAGGAACACUAGUCGUAGACGCAGGAUGUAUCUUGGAAGUUGUGGACAAGUUUUUGGCGGACAAGAGUCAUAUAUUCCCAUUGGACCUGGGUGCUAAAGGCUCAUGUCAGAUCGGAGGUAACGUAGCGACGAACGCUGGUGGGCUACGAUUGUUGCGAUAUGGGAGUCUACAUGGUAAUGUGCUUGGUAUAGAGGCAAUUCUACCGGACGGGACUCUCAUGGAUGACUUGGGUAAGCUGCGAAAGAACAAUACAGGGUACGACCUGAAGCAGCUUUUCAUUGGCGGUGAGGGGACUAUAGGCAUAAUAACUGGAGUAUCGCUGCUAUGCCCCCAGCGACCUAAAGCCUGCAAUGUUGCCUUCUUUGGUCUUGAGAGUUUUGACAAGGUGCAGGAGGCGUAUCGCGCUGCAAAGAAGCAACUCUCGGAAAUCUUGUCAGCCUUUGAGCUGAUGGACGGGCAGAGUCAGGAUAUGGUUCAAUUAGUCACACAGAAGCAACGGCCACUGGAAGGUCAGCAUCCUUUCUAUUGUUUGAUCGAAACUAGUGGCUCAAAUUCAGAGCACGAUAGCGAGAAGCUUGAAAGAUUUCUUGAAUUUGUAAUGGAUCAACAAAUCGUUUCAGACGGGGUCUUAGCGCAGGAUCAAUCACAGCUGCAGUCUUUGUGGGCAUGGCGAGAAGGCAUACCAGAAUGUCUCGGUCAUUGGGGUGGAGUUUACAAAUACGAUCUAUCGAUUCCACUUGCACAGCUUUAUGCACUUGUUGAAGAGACGAGAGCGCGGCUCAAUAGAUUGGGACUCAUUGGACCAAAUGACGAGCACCCUGUGGUUGGUGUUGUAGGUUAUGGUCACAUGGGAGACUCUAAUUUGCACCUUAACGUUGCGACCCGUCGGUUCGAUAAGCAGGUUGAGGAGGCUCUCGAACCUUUUGUUUACGAAUGGAUAGCAAAACAGCAUGGAAGUAUCAGCGCCGAACAUGGUCUCGGCUUAGCGAAGAAGCCUUUCAUUGGGUAUAGCCGAAGUAAGACGAUGAUUCAGCUGAUGAGGCAGAUCAAAGCGCUUUUUGACCCUGUAAGCCUUGUAAUUCCCAGCUUUAAGAAAGUCAGCUAA